AUGAAUGAAAAGGAUAUGGAAAUAUCUACAAACAAUGCUGAUAUAUCAAAUGAAAUUUCAAUAAAAACACGAAUUGAUUCAUUGAUCAACGAGUUCUUUAAUAACAGUAUUCUUGUUAAAAAAUCCUUAGAACAACUACAUUCUUGGAAAUCACAAGAUGCUAAAUUAUCUGUUAGCAACUGGUCCAAAGAUAGAACCUAUAAUGAUCUACAACAAAAAAUUAAACUUUUAAAAGAAAAAAUUGUUCAAUACACAGAAGUUAAUCAAACUUACAAACAAAAAUUAGAAAAUUUACAGCAGCAAAAAGUACAAGAAGAACAUAGGAAAUGGGAUGAAAUUAAAUGUACUAUUGCACAAUAUGAUAAACAUUUUUCUAAUGGACAAAUUAAAUACUCUACUGAGAAUCUAACAGAAGAAAUCAAAGAUUAUUACAAACAAUACACAGCAAUAAGAGAAAAAAUUACAGAUAUGAAAGAAAGAUUGGGAACCCUUUUACAACACAGUAAAACAUGGACUGGAGAAAAAUUGGACACUAAUUCUAAUCUCAAUAACUUAUGUAACGUAAUUAAUGAUAUAAAAAAUAAAAAUACUGCUUUAUUAAAUGCAAAUAGAUUAGCAGAAGAUACAUUACAGGAAUUACAGAAUAAGCUCAAACAAACUGAAAUAAUUUUGCGAGAUCGUAAAAAUAUAAAACAAAAUGAGUUUUUCCAAAAUAUUUCUUAGUAAAGCAUUACUGCAUUACUAUUUGUAGAAAAAAAAAAAAACAUUGCCUAUAGGAGGUACAAUUCACUUAUUUAUACAUAUUUCAUAAUUGUAUGUGCGCUAUUUUCGUUAUUUUUACAGAUGAGAUAU